GUCUGACCAAUGGAAGCUCAACCGAAGAGCUAAAUAAUGUCUGACCCGGGCGCAAGGCGCAGCCUGGAGCUCCGGGUCCCCGCCGCCGCCGCAGCGCCGGGGAACACCCGCCGGCUCGCCGUCCCGCGCACCCCGUCGCUCCUCGGGCUCCCGGGCCGGACCGAGGAGCCAGCCCGGUGCGCCCCCCACCUCCUGCUUGGGGGGCUUUGAUGAGAUAUUGAAUGCAGCUGCCACCGCUGCUGUGGGGCCGGCGGGGAGCAGCACCGCGACGGGGACCGGGGCUGGGCGCUGGAGCCAGAAUCGGAACCACGAUGUGACUCCGCCGCCGGGGACCCGUGAGCUUUGUGUGGACCCCGAGUUCCACCAGGUGAGAAGAGUGAUGACCAUCCUUUUCCUUACUAUGGUUAUUUCAUACUUCGGUUGCAUGAAGGCUGCCCCCAUGAAAGAAGCAAACGUCCGAGGACAAGGUGGCUUGGCCUACCCAGGUGUGCGGACCCACGGGACUCUGGAGAGCGUGAAUGGGCCCAAGGCAGGUUCAAGAGGCCUGACGUCGUCGUUGGCCGACACUUUCGAACAUGUGAUAGAAGAGCUGUUGGAUGAGGACCAGAAAGUUCGGCCCCAUGAAGAAAACAAUAAGGACGCAGACUUGUACACGUCCAGGGUGAUGCUCAGUAGUCAAGUGCCUUUGGAGCCUCCUCUUCUCUUUCUGCUGGAGGAAUACAAAAAUUACCUGGAUGCUGCAAACAUGUCCAUGAGGGUCCGGCGCCACUCUGACCCUGCCCGCCGAGGGGAGCUGAGUGUGUGUGACAGUAUUAGUGAGUGGGUAACAGCGGCAGACAAAAAGACUGCAGUGGACAUGUCGGGCGGGACGGUCACAGUCCUUGAAAAGGUCCCUGUAUCGAAAGGCCAACUGAAGCAAUACUUCUACGAGACCAAGUGCAAUCCCAUGGGUUACACAAAAGAAGGCUGCAGGGGCAUAGACAAAAGGCAUUGGAACUCCCAGUGCCGAACUACCCAGUCGUACGUGCGGGCCCUUACCAUGGAUAGCAAAAAGAGAAUUGGCUGGCGAUUCAUAAGGAUAGACACUUCUUGUGUAUGUACAUUGACCAUUAAAAGGGGAAGAUAGUGGAUUUAUGUUGUAUAGAUUAUAUUGAGACAAAAAUUAUCUAUUUGUAUAUAUACAUAACAGGGUAAAUUAUUCAGUUAAGAAAAAAAUAAUUUUAUGAACUGCAUGUAUAAAUGAAGUUUAUACAGUACAGUGGUUCUACAAUCUAUUUAUUGGACAUGUCCACGACCAGAAGGGAAACAGUCAUUUGCGCACAACUUUAAAAAAGUCUGCAUUACAUUCCUUGAUAAUGUUGUGGUUUGUUGCCGUUGCCAAGAAUUGAAAACAUAAAAAGUUUAAAAAAAUAAUAAAUUGCAUGCUGCUUUAAUUGUGAA